AAGGCUGUGAAUAUAGCGUAAAACGUUCAAGUACAAUACCUACCUACGUAAUAUCUUGGGUACUGAUCGAUAUAAUAAUAAAACCGACGAUAAUUUUAAUAAUGUAUCAUUGGAUAAAACCGCCUUUGCGCAAUACCUUUCAUUGGAUGUUGUUUAUUGUUUUGCAAUCUUUCUAACUAAUAUUGCUGAAAAUUUAUCUCCUCCUGUCUUAAUAAUUGCUUUCUUUUAUACAUUGAAAUUUUAGUUUUCUAACGUUUUCAAUAUAAUCACGAGUACGUAUAAAUCAACACGAUACUUUACGCAGUAUUCAUUGUUAUUAGGUAAUUCUUGAUUUCCGGAUUUUAUUAGCCUUGGUAAAAGGAAACUGAAGUUAACUUUCAGUUAGACGUAACAUUUUAGUUUGCUAUUGAACGUAAUCUCACCUACUCGUUUAUUAUAAGUGUUAAACUUUAUUAGCUAUAAUUCAGGACAAGUGUUAUCAAAUAUACAAAAUGGCUGACAAAAGACAAGAUGGAAGUGGUUCCGAUAAAAAAGACUAUGGAACUAAUGAAGUGAAUAUUGAUGAAGUGAUGAAUAAUCAAGACUGUGAUACAGCGAUUUGUGAAGCAGUUAAGGGCCUGGACGCUAACCGCUAUGCCACGAAAAAGACUGUUGCCCAGGGCAUGCUGGAUAUAGCACUGCUUACCUCGAACGCUUCACAGUUGAAAUAUGUGCUGCAAGUUGGUCCAAAGCAUGAGUUUUAUAUGCUACUUCUGGUUCUCAUAUCGGUCUCCAUUAUUUUGCAGCUUCUGGUUGGCUUACUGUUCGUAGUGAUUGGUGGACUGGAUCUGAACGAUGACGCGGACCAGCCUUCAGCAGUCGUGCUCAAUGACGUCAUAGUUAUAUUCAUAUUCGUCAUAUCCGUUACAAACAUUGUCAUAUCCGCUUUUGGUAUCGAAUAUUCGAACAACCCGUUGAUAUUGGAGCGGUUGAAUUAUAUAAAUUCGGAAUAUUUAAGAAAAGCCAAUAAUACUGCUAGUUAAUUUUAACAUAAAUAUACUUUUAGGGAGGUAAUUUUUAGAUAUGUUUAAAAUUUUACCCUAUAAUUUAUAAUUGAUCUAUAAAUAAGCGGUUUUUAAAAAAUAUUCAUCUAAAAUUAAACAGGGUUUCAAAAUAAUUUUAACGAACAUACUACUUUGUUGUCGGAAAAUCCAUAAUAGGGUAUCAAAAUAUGUAACUUGAAAGCACAUACUACUUUCUUAUCGGAAAAUUCCUAAGGAUAGGUAAUUAAAUAACCCAAAUAAUUUCAAAAAAUCUCUGUAAUAUAAGCUCAAUUUGUACAAAAAUAAACUUCUUUUAAGUAUGUAGUAUGUAAGUAAUAAAAGUUGUGCAUUUUUUGAGAAUCUGUUAGUAAGGAAUAGAUAGAAUAGAAUAAGUAAAAAAAAAUAUACGAAUUUUUCCUAGAAUUAG